CUCUCUCCCGGUGUUUGUUCGCUCUGGUGUUCGUCAGUGAAGUGCUGGAAGAGAGGAUCCGGAGCUGAAGGGUUAGAUCUGAAGUGAAUAUUGGGAGCUUGAAAGAGGUCGGAAUUGUGAACCCAGUUCGUGCCCUCAAAUUCUGAAUAAGUGGUUCUUGUUUCUUCAGUGAUGGCUGGUGAGAAGAAAGUCGAGAAAACUAGGGUGGAGGCAGAACCAAAGCAGGUUCCCUUAGCUGAUUUGGAUGGGAAAGAAGUGGCUUCUGGAAAAGAUGGAAACCCAUCUGAUUCGACUUCUUCCGUAUCCUCAUCAGGUGAUGCUACUUCUAGCAUCAAAGGUGGGACAGAUCAACAGCCGGUUGCAGAUCAAGGUGUUUACUAUCCGACCACUAGUUGUUAUGGCUACUACUACCCAGGGUAUAAUGGGGCAUACCCUGAAUGGGAUGACCGUAGCUAUUUUAAUGCAGAUGGUUCGGAGAUGACUUACCCAGGUAUGCAAUCGGACAAUGGUUCUCUUGUUUAUUAUGUGCCUGGCUAUAACCCAUAUGUUUCAGGGCCUUUGAUGGGUGUUGAUGGGCAGUGUGUUGGUCAACAACCGUUCUAUACUUCAUCAGGAUAUCUCCAGCCUCCUGUUGCCUAUGGGUCAGAAGCAAUGCCUCCUUACUCAUGGGAUUCAACAUUUGUUGGGGAUGCCCUGAAUGGAUCUGCAGCUGGAGUUACUGGUCCAAAGGCUAAUUCUUCUACUACAGCUCCUGCCCCUGUGAAAUCAAAAGACUUGAAGUAUAUAAAGACAAAUGGUUCUGUUGAUUCCAAAAGUUCUGCAGUUCCGUUGGAUUCAAAGUCACGUCUUUCUACAGUCUCAUCCAACUUCUCUAAGUCGACUCUUCCAAAUCAAAAUUUCAAACCCUUCAAUAAGGUGCUGCCCCAGUUGGGUUCUAAUUUUCAAUCAGCUGGGUUCGGGAAAGGUUUUGAUCCUGUCAGAAAGUUCUCUUCAUUCUCUAACCAAGGGCAAGGGCUCUUCCCGCAUAAUGGUGGCAUGAACUACAGACCAAAUGGCCGGACCUGGGCUGGCAGCGACAAAUUUAAGCUUAGAGACAAUUAUUCUCAGAAUAGACAGUUUGAACCCUCCAGGGAGCUAAACUGUGGACCUAGGGCACAAAAAUUUAGUCAUUUGACUUCAACAGCUGAGAAGGAUAAUUUGGGUCUCACUGUUCCAAGCGACAAAUAUAAUCUGCAAGAUUUUAAGACUACAUAUGAAAAUGCAAAAUUCUUUGUAAUAAAGUCCUACAAUGAAGAUGAUAUUCAUAAGAGUAUCAAGUAUGAUGUGUGGUCAAGUACUCUAAAUGGAAAUAAGAAGCUGGAUGCAGCAUUUCAUGAUGCAGAGACAAAAUCGAGUGAGACAGGCACAAAGUGUUCUGUUUUCCUUUUCUUCUCGGUAAAUGGAAGUGGGCAGUUUGUAGGUGUUGCUGAAAUGAUUGGGAAGGUGGAUUUCAAGAAAGACAUGGACUUUUGGCAAGUGGACAAGUGGAAUGGAUUCUUUCCUGUAGAGUGGCACAUAAUAAAGGAUGUCCCCAAUAGUCAGUUGCGGCACAUCAUACUUGAAAACAAUGAAAACAAACCCGUGACAUAUAGUAGAGACACUCAGGAGAUAGAAUUGAAACAAGGAUUAGAAAUGCUAACCAUUUUCAAGAGUUAUCCUGUUAAAACUUCAAUGUUGGAUGAUUUUAACUUCUAUGAAGAGCGGGAGAAGACGCUUCAUACUAGGAAGGGCAACAAGUCCUCAUCUAUGCAGAUGGAUGUGUACAGGAACAAUGAUCUCACGCAGAAGAAUUUGGAAGCAGGAGUCCAGAAAGUUGAACUUGCAUCAACCAAGGCCAAGAAAAGUUCUGAUCCAAAGACAUCUCUCAUUUCCCUGACCAAAAAUCUGUCGCUUAAUUCACAACUGCCAAAAAGAAGUGGUGGAAAGGAUCCAAUUAAAGAGUCUAAAGCUUCUAUCAUCACUGCCAGACCCCAGGUUUAGCUCACAAGCAUUGUGUUUUUGGGUUUAUGGUGCAUAUUUGCAGGUUCGCUGGCUGAAUCCUCCUUUUGUUGCUGCUAUGUACCAUAAUCCCUUGGGGGGCUUGGUUUUUUCUGUUCCUUUGGUUUUUUGUUCCCGUCCUUUCUGUUUAGGGUUAUUUGAAAAUGAUUAUUUUUUAAUUUAA